GAUUGUAGCUUGCGACGGACAGUUCCCAAGUUCCUUCAUCAAUGGCGGUCUUCAGACGCUUCUCCAGUCCAAGCAUGUCCCAAUCCCUUCUCCGACCUUGCUUUGCCCCUCGUGGACUCCCUGCAUCAGAGAUGAAUUUGGAUCCUUUGACCGACUUCAUCCUGGAUGCCAAGCAAAGGUCAGAGGGCUCGCAGGGGCUUCUUUGCCUCACGGGGGCAGGAUUCUCGACAGAAUCUGGCAUCCCCGACUACCGCAGUCCAGAAGGAUCAUAUUCCAAAGGCCACAAGCCCAUGACUCACCAGGAGUUUGUUUCAAGCCCAGUGAAUCGAAAGAGGUAUUGGGCCAGAUCUUUGAGGGGUUGGCGCUUCUUUGACGGAGCUUCACCCAAUGUGGCACACAGGGCGCUUGGUGCUCUUGAACUCAGUGGCCAUGUGAAUGGAGUCAUCACUCAAAAUGUUGAUGGUUUGCACCAGAAGGGUGGCUCCAAAAACGUGAUUGAGCUUCAUGGCCGGAACGAUGAGGUUCGUUGUCUCAGUUGCUUGAGAUCCAGACCACGUUCCAGUUAUCAAGAGGAGUUGGAAGUUGUAAACAGUGACUGGAUGGCUCAAUUUCUCCCAGCUGAAGCCAUCCUUGAUGUCAGGGCAGAUGGAGAUGCUCAGCUGACAGUUCGCAACUUCGAUGGAUUUCAGGUUCCGCCCUGCAGCUGUGGAGGAAUUUGGAAGCCCCGUGUGGUCUUCUUUGGUGGUGCCUUAGAGGAAUCCGUGAAGCAACAGGCUUUGGCGGCGCAACAAGCUGCUGCUGCCCUGCUGGUGAUGGGCUCCUCUGUACAGGUCUUUAGUGCCUUCUCCUUAGUCAAGUCUGCUGUGAAAGCAAGGAAACCGGUGGCCAUCCUCAACAUUGGUGAGACCCGUGCGGAUCCUUUAAUUCCCCAGGACUUGCGGAUGCAAUACCGUUGUGGUGAGGCACUGCAAGAGGUUUGCCGAAUACUGGGAAUUCCAGUUGCCGAUAGUCCGAUCAAGAAAGCGGGUGGCAAAGCUGCGGAUUCGUUGUAUCGACGUUUGCAUAAUGCCUUCGAGUCACCAGAACCACAGGUGAUUGUUUUCUACCUGAAAGCAGUGAAGCAGCUGCGUAGCAAGAUCGCCAAUGUGGGUGAUGCAUGCAUCAUUCCGCUGGCUAUCGGAGACACCAUCGUGCCACUGCUGCUGGAGAGAAAGGAAAAUAAGAAAGGAGAGCCGUGCUAUCGUUUGACGAUUUGCAAUGGCAGCGGUGGUGUUGUAUACCACCGACAGUCAGCCCGAAGUCCGCCAAAACUGAAAUACCAAACCUGUAUGAUCUUCGACGGCAUCCCCUGUGAACGUGCAGAAGAUGAAGCCUUUUGGACGACGAUGGUCACCGCUUGUUUGAUCUCCUCCGAGAAGGAUCCAGGUGAGCUCUUCUACGACACCUUCCUGCCAUACCUCAUUAACGCUCCUGCUGUCGUUGAUGUUCUCCAUCCAAAGAAGAAAUCGGAGGCGAACACUUUGGAAGUGCCCGAGACAGACUUCCACUCUGUCCCCCGAAUAUUUGGCCCGUGGAGAAGCCUCACCUUGCUUUGGAAGCACUUGCUGCGGAGCCGUGCAGGGCUCACCAAGCAGCAGGUGAAGUGUCUGAAGUGGGAGCUUCGAGAAACGCUGCUACAGAUGUGUGUCCAUGACUUGAAGGCAUCCAAAGGUCUGGACUCCACGGAUCUCCGGCUGCUGAAGAUGGGCUGUGGCACCACUUCAUUUGCUGCGGUCAGGAAUCACACCAGUGCCACGGAUACCAGGCCAGAUGAAGACACCCUGAGCCUGCCAGCGGCCACCAAGUCCUUGUGGGAAUGUCGGCGAGUGGUUGAUGCUAUUGAAAUCCUCUGCGCCCAGAAGCCAAGAACUUACGAAGGACAAGAUGGCAGCGGAGAGUUUGCCUCCUAUCUGGAUCUGGACACAGGAGAGGACAAGAUGAGUCAAAGCGCAGUCUUCCCCUUCUUCGACCGCCUGUUGAGACAAGAGGUUUUCCCUGGAAAGCCGAAAGGGGUCGCAGAGCAGCUGCCGAUUGAUUUGUUGGCAUUGCCAGAGAAGGUUAGCUCCAUGACAGAGCUCUUCAGGACUUUGCGCAUAGCGGAAGAAAUCUGUUUGAAGCUGUCCUUCAUCAGUCGUGAACGCUGCGAGUAUGCGCCUUACCUUUUGGUUUGCCUUCAACAGCAUUUGUUCACCAAACUGCUCCCUCUUCCACGUGGGCCUUACUCCUCGAAGCAGGAGGAGUGCGACAUUUGGGGCGGCUGGGAUGGCAAUCAUCCGACCGUCACACGGUCGAUGCAGCUGGAUAUGCUGCAGGUCCUAGGCCGCCUGGUGGAGCUUUUUGUGUGCGCAUCUUUGGAGAUGCGGUGCAAGAACCACACUGCCCGCACCUUCGAUGCUGUGAAGAUUACAGUGCUCUCGGCUUGUGCGGCGAUGGCAGAUCGCAUCAUCCGCAUUUGGCCCAUGGAUGACAGGCUCUUCAACAAGGAAGAACGUCCAUCGGAGUUGACAAAAGCUCUCCACGAAGGUCGCUUUGCCAUCGAUGCUUCAGCCUUCGUGGUGCAGUCCGAAACCAUGGAGGCGUGCUUUCAAGAGCUGGCCAUCACCCGCGCAGCCACGGUGUCCUACUUCCACGAAGUGGUUCAACACUACAAGGCUGUGAACCUGGAUCGGCGCCGCACGGUGAUCUUCGACUACCACAACCACAAGUGGGGCAUGUGGGUUGCAGGUGAGCGUGGCACCAUUGCAUUGGUGGAGCGAAUGGCGGCCACGAAGCUGCUGAUGGAUCCAAAUCCACAGAACUUGGUCAGUGGAAACAACGUCAUGAUGCCCCACAUUUGGCCUGAGUUUCGGGCCUACCGAGACAUUGUCUUCUGGUGGAAGUACUUCUUGUGCACCGACGUCCGCGUGUUCCCCGAGCCACGGCAGUUCCAAGCCGCAGAAGCCAUUGCCAGAUGGUCGGUGCAGGUGGAUGACAAGGGCCGGCAAUACUUCAAGAUCACAGCUCUGGGGAAGGACCAAGGGGACAAUGUCCAAUGGGUCAACGAGAGGCAUCCGCCACAGCCGCCUGCCAGUGGGCAUCGUUAUCCUUCACCUGCAUUGCCAGCUAUGCACACAAAAGGCGAAGUGCGCACGGAAGACGACCUGCUCUAUCAAAGGUCAUUGCCCAACUUUGCAGAUGAGAAGACAGGCAGACCAAUGCUUCGACCGUCGGAUAGCGAAGCACUGCUGUCCUAUUUGACCGUGCCUUACUUGCGUCAGCCCUUGCUUUUGAGCUUCUUCACCACCCAAGAUCGAAGUAACUGCCUUCGGCAAGGAACCCUGCAGAAGAUCUUGCAAGCCACGAUGCUGGAGCCUGGAAAGCUGCUGUACCCCGAAGAUAUGCAGAAAAUUCCAGAGUAUGUGCCAGCCAUUGCCGAGGAGGAACACUUGGUGGCCUCCCCGUUCAGUCAAAUCUUGACCGAGCUCUCCCAUGGCCCUGCCCAGAUUCUGACCGCAGUAGGAAAGCUGAUGGCGCUCACCUUGAGUUUAGCCACUUCGGUGACCUCCGAGACGGUCCCUGCCAUCCUUUUCUCUGUGCGCUUGGCUGUGCGGGUGGAAUCUGCGGCGGCACUGCUGAUGGACCACGCGGAGGGCCAGGUGGCACGGGCAUGGCCGCGCCUGACAGCAACUCCUCAUGUGCUGGAAGAACUGCGUCGUGGACGUGUGCUUCUUCGAAGCACCUUUGAAGGAGAGGUUCUUCCGUGGUUUGAUCGAUGGUUGGAGGAGCUGGCAGAGUCGGCACAACAGGAACCCGCGCGCGAGGAUGAGUGUAACAGCUUGGCAUGUCGCUUGCACGCGCACCAGGUGCUGGUGCUUCGCAAUGUUCCCAUCCAGAACUUCGAUUCUGACCGCAUCAAGCGAUUCCUCUCCUCCCUGACGUACCUUUCAUCACAUCACACCUUCAACCAAGAGAGGUUGGAAGUGCCAGAGACAGAACUCUUCGAAGCCUUGCAGCUACAUCGCCGCUUUAUGGUGAAGUGGUUGGUGGAACAACGCCGCAUCAAUGCACUCAGUGGAUUUAAUUCAGUGCUGAGGAGUUGUCAUCAUCAACUUUCAGCACUGGGUGAUAACAGUGCUCCUGAAACCGCAAACUUCGAGUGGGUCUGUGUUGGUGACAGCUCUGAGUAUGAAGGUCGCUUCGGAGUUCUCAGCGAGUCAGCUCCAGACAAGGAUGCCCAGGGUGAGGAGAUCAAAGACCGCCCAUCAGGCCCAUCAGGCAUCAAAACUGUGAAUGCCUCCGAUGCAUUUUGGAUUGAACUCAACGUGCAACUGCUCCAAGUGACCGUCCGAGGCCGAACUCUGGUGCCUUUGGAAGAUUUCAUUUGGAAUGACGAGGAUUUCAAGCAUGUCUUUGUGUCAGAACUUGGUGAAAAGGGUGCUCAGCAGAAGACCACGGUGCAGUGCAGUGCCUUGCUGACAUCAUCGAAUGCAACGGUCCGUGAGCUGUUGAGUAUCCCGUUCCGUGCCACCUUCUGGUCUUCCAAGCCCGCCAGCUUCUUGCCAUUCUUGGAUGAAUGGGAUCGGUUGUACGACGUGGAAGACAUGGAGGAGGAUGAAUUCUGGAUCGCUGAGCUCUUUGCGCAGGUUCUUCAUCCCCCCCCUCCUCGACGACCGCCUUUGUGGUUCAUGAAGGAUGAGCCCAUCCCCACGGAGACCACGGUGGUGCAGUUGAUGGGAGUCCACCAAGAUGCCAAGGCUCGAAUUUGGAAGGAGGUGCACUUGUUCAAAGAAAGGAGGAUGGUUCAUGUCUAUGACAUCAGGGCUUACGGUCAUCAGCUCUAUCGUCAGUUGGAAUACACCAGCAAUGCGCGGCUUUGCAUGCGCGAGCUCCAACCUUCACUGGAUGAGCGUGGCGAACCUUGGGAAAUGUGGGAACGCUACGAGGCUGGUGGCUCCGGCUGCGAUCUGCGCAAUCAUGACAACAGCUGCACGGUGUCGCGCACGUCCGUCAAGGGCAUGCUGGGCUUCGGUGCUGAGGUUGAUGGUCAGAGUGACCCCCUGGAUGAUCCAGAGGAGUGGGAUGACAACGAUGCCGGAGCAGAGCGGAACACUCAGGCGGCCGCCAAGGAUGAUGAAGUUGAUCUGGAGGAGGAUGGAAUUCAGCGACGGCGCAAACCCUUGCGCAGCAGCCCAGCAGAGCUUCUUGCAACCACUUGUCGUCAGGGACAUGAGAUGCAACCUGAGAAAAAGAAGUCAAAUCGUUGCAACCUUUGUGGUUGCAGUGGCACAGCUUUCCGCUGUAGAGACUGUGACUAUGAUUUGUGUGAGCCAUGUCAGAGGAACAUGGCAAGACGUGUGCCUGUACGAUUCCAAGAAGGAGAUCGUAUGUUGGUCAAGGGGGCCGGUUACAAUAGGAAAGAUGGUGUGGACUGGCGCUUCUGCUUCUACGCUGGUUCUGAUUGCAUCUUUUCGUUCGCUCCCUGUACUCAGCGGAAGUGCAUUCUCAGGAACUCCCUCAUUGACAGCGCCAAAGGAUCAGAGAUCCGCACUGGAGGAUGCCCCUUGGGUUCUGAGUCCGAUGUCUUUGAGGUGGCGUUUGAGAAGACCGACGAAGGAUUUGAAAUCCGAAUCAAUGGAGAGCGGCAGGUGGACUUCGACUUCCCGGAUCGUUCCGCAGAGCAGGUGGAUUACAUUGGCUUCGAUUGCCGCGCCGGAUCCAUCAAGGAGACGGAGAUCUUCCACGAUCGCAUGCUGACAGAGAAGUCGCCCUUCGAGCGAAUGAUGGAAGUGGGUGAGCAGUUCUUGCCGCGACGAGUGCUGUGGGGCUUGUUGCCAGAAGCCCUGUUGGAGGACUACAACUUCUACCAGAAAAAUGCCCCGCCGCAUCGAGUGAUCCGUGGAUAUCCAGCCAAGGGUCGCUGGCCUUCUGGGGAGAACGAAGAGGAGGAUCUCCUGGAAGCGGAUUCCAGCAACAAGAAGGUGGAUCACAUUUUGAUUGUGAAGCUGGUGCGCAUCAAGAAGAUUGUUUGCACUGGUUUGAAGGGGUGGGGUGCCGUGGUCAUCAAACGCUUCCGUGACAACAUGGCACGCCCAGACCUUUAUCUGCUGGAUUUGGUGCACACCAAAGCUGGAACUCCUUUGCAUCAGCUGGCUGAUUCGUUGGCAAGAGCAGAGAACUUGUCCUACAUCUUGGCAUGGACUUCUGUGAACCCAUGGGAGGCCAAAGAUGGUCCCCUUCGUCUGGAACGUGUGGAGAUGCCCCGCUUGCAGCUGACCUGGGAUGUGCGAAAGGGACCCAAGGGCGAACAACGCUUAUACUCCGUGGAUCACUCUCAGCUUUUCCUCCCUACGCAGCCACCCUUCGGUGCCCGGGCACAAGCCAUGCAGCUCCUUCAGGCCAUGCCGCACGCUCUGUUGCUGCAAAGCGAAGACGAGGAGCUGUUUACUUGCGUUCCAAAUGUUUGCCCUCAUCGCAUCCAGAUUUAUUCGAAUCCGUUCAGUACCGAGCUGGUUCUGGAGCGGGGACACGGGGUUUGGAGCGCUGGCGCGACCAAGCACUUCCUAUACCCAGUUCACGUGUCAGCAUCGUUCCUGCAACCACCAACGACUGGAUCGGCUCUGUACUUGAUGCUUCUGUUCUUCUUGCAUAGAGAUUAUCACCUCGUGUCUCAGCUGGUGAAUUCGGUGGCCACAGAUUCUCCCUACACCAGUGAAGACAAGGUUUGCUUUGAGCAUUUUGCCACCAUUUCAGACAGUCAUCCCAAUGCGACAGCUUUGCGCUGCAAAUUGGCUCUUGCUGUACAACACUCGCGAAUGCCUCUGCCAUGGCAUUUGUACUCUCAAGGUGCAGAGCAUGUCAGACGAGUGAUCCAUGUCACUGGCGAGUGUCGUUUGAGCUUUGAGGAAGAGAUGCAGGUGCUUACAAUGUGUCGACACUACCGUGAGAAGUUGCUGCUGGUGACCAGAGAAGUGGACGCCUUGCGCCGGGACCAGGGGCAGAUGCUGAAAAAGUUCAAGAACAUGCUGGAGGACCCGACUGCCAUGCUGACAGCCUCUGGAGAGCACGCGAAGUCCUUGAAGAAAUGGAAGGAUCGCAUCGUUCGGCGUUUGCGUGCGGAACGGCUUGGUACUGGCGAGACGGAGCUGGUGGCCCUCAUCCUCGCAGCACUUCGCGGUGAUCGUUUGAAUCCUGAGGACGUCCUGAUGUUGCAGAACCGCGAGAGGUAUAUGGAUGCCGUCGAGGCUGCGAUCUCCCGGGGGUGCUGUGUGACAUGCAGCGAGUUUUGUGCCGUGCAACGCCAGGAACGCCGCAGCACCGUGGUGUUGGGAUUGAUGGAGAUGCCUCCGGCCUCACGAUGGAUGCAACACACGGACAUCAACGCCUUGUUGUCCUCGCCCUUCGAUCUCAUGCAACGGAUCUUGGGUGGAAAUGCAGAGAGGGACUCUAUCUACGACACUGGACCUGAGGUGCCGACCAUGCGAAAUAUGCCAUACGUCAUGGCUGUGGAACACAUCACGGAGAUCUGCAAUGAUAGCGAAAUGUCUUUCAACAGCGAUGGUGCCGUGUCUCUCUUCAUCAAGCUCUACUCUCUCUUUACACAGUCAUUGGGUGUAAAAUUGCCACGCGCAGUGAAUCCUGUGCAUCAGCACACCUUCGCCACCUUAUCCUUGGCACUGGCCGGUGGAGGGCGCAACCAUGGUAUGCUGCAGUCCCUGCUACACAUCUGUCGCCGGAGCCGCAAGGUGUGCGAAUGUCUACCACGCCUGGACCGGCCUCGCCGCGUAGUCUUUGUGCGGCAGUGGAAGGCCAAGUUGAUUGCUGUCCACAGGAAGCUCAUGGCUCUGGCCCAGCAGCCUGAGAUCCAGCUGGCCACAGCCGGGGAGGCUGAGGCGGAGGAUGCUAUGGGUAUCCGACCGGAUGAAGAGGAGGUGCCAGUUCUCCAGUCGAUUGGCGAUGAACAUGGUGGUUUAUGUCCUCAUCUCGUCUUCGCGCCAUCGUUGGGAGAAUCUGAGGACGGCCAGACCAUCCGACGGGCGGAGUUCCCGCUGGGCCCGCCUUUUUUCGAGACUCCAGAACACAAGGACCUGCAAUGUGGGGAACGGGUUCUCAUGGCGCUGCAAAGUGCUGUUGCUACCGGUGGUGGUGGAAAGAGCACUGGCUGGGGCUGGGGUGGCAGUGCUGCCCUCAAGGCCAUCUCUGGCGAUGCCCCGCUGCGCACCAGUGACCAAGAUCUACAAGCCUUGGCGAAGCAACCCAUGCAGGAGGUCAUUGAUCUCGGGCACAUCAUUCGAGAGGUGCCGGACAACCUACCCACAGGCAACCUACCCUUCGACAUUUCUGCUCACCCUGCUGUUCGACAUACUGUUGCCCGUCGCUUGCUGGAUCGUAUGGAAGCUGAGAUGCUCCGUUUCUCAGAGAUGCAGAAGAAGACUCCGGCGCCCAAAGUGAAGGAGUUGAGUGAGGUGGAACUCACCAAACUCUCCAGUGGCAGCAAGGAGGCCGCCCAGGCUGCCCAGCAGGCCCUGAGCGACAUCAUCAAAUGCAUCGCGGACAUGAAGGCGGCAGAUGCCGCUUUCGUGGACUCGGCGUUCAAGGAGGUCUUGAAGCGUGGCAACACCAUUGAUCUGUCAGAGGAAGGCAUUGGGAAGGCCUCCAAUGGAGGUGCUCGUGCAGCUCAUGAUGCCAGUUUGUCUCGUUUGAAACAUUGGCUCCUGCGCAUCUCUGGCCAUGAAUCAGAAGCUUGGCUGCAACGGGCCUGCAGAUCACUGCUCUCCUCAUCAGCAGCUGAAGAUUGGCAACGCAUCAACCCCUUCCUGUCGGAGCAGGAGGUUCGAGAUAUCUUGCAGCUGACUUCACAUGCCACGCUGCGGGCGGUGCGAGUGGUCUUGGCCAACGGAUCUCUCGCGGAAGCGCGAGACCUGCAGAAGAUGCUGACCAAAGCCAUCUCUGUCGUGGAGGAGGAGGGCAAGCUGCCCAACGACCUGCUGGUGGGUUUGGCUGAGAAGGGUGAAGUCUUGGCCCGACGCUUGGACGCUCGCAGGCAUUACGUGCAAAACAACUUGGCCUACGACCCGCACUUCUUGGUCUUUGAGUUUUCAGACAACAAGAUGCUGCACGAGAGACAGGUUGCCAUUAUCUCGGACUUCCAACGAACCGUGGAAGGAGGCGAAAGUGGUGUGAAGCAAAUGAUCAUGGGAGCUGGCAAGACCACAGUUGUGAGCCCUCUGCUCUCAAUGUUACUGGCUGAUGGAACCCGCUUGGUGAGUCUGGUGGUGCCCUCCGCAUUGCUGGAAUUCUGUCGCGGGGUGCUGAUGGCAGUGUUCUCCUCCAUCAUCCAGAAGCGUGUCUGCUUGUUCCAUUGCGACCGCUCCGAAGAUGUGGAUAUUGCCAUUUGUGAUCGCAUCGAGUCAGUGAGGAAUGAAGGUCACGUUUUGCUGACAAAGCCGACCGAUGUGAAGAGUCUCAUUUUGCGCUUUGUGGAAAACCUGGACAUUUGCAAUGACCGCAGGUCCAAGCGCAACACUGCGGCGCUGCAGAAGGAAACCACCGAAUUGGGAAAGGUCCUGGAGAUCUUUUCCAAAGGUGUUUGCAUGAUCGAUGAGGUCGAUCUGGUUUUGCACCCCUUGAGGUCUGAGCUGAACUUCCCAAUCGGCCCCAAGAACUUAAUUGACUUCGCACCACAUCGUUGGCAGAUUCCCUUGCAUUUGCUGGAAGGCAUUUUCAUUAGUGAGUUGCAAUCUGGCAAGACCGGGGAGUUGACGCCACCGGAGCGCUUUGCGGACAGUGCCCUGGCCAAGGAUAUCCUGAAGAAAAUCGCAAAGACCAUUGCGGAUGGCACCAAAGAAUUGAAGAUGCAACGAUCGCCUCACUUGGUGCUGCUGAACUUGGAAUUUUAUGAUGAGAGGUUGAAGGAAGUCAUGGUUUCUUGGAUGACUUUGUGGUUGGCCUCCGAGCACGUGGGUCGCAGCUUUGCCCACGAGCGCGAGGGCAUCAUCGAUGGGGGCCUGAGUGAUGCUGAGGUGCGUGAGUACAUUACCAAAGUGGCAGCACCGGAUUCUCCCUUGGCCCAGAGGGUUGCCAUGCUGCCCAAGCGUGACGUCCAAAUGCUGAACCUCUCAGCUGAUUGGCUCUCCAUUUUCUUACCCCAUGUCCUUCAGAAAAUCAACCGAUUCUCGGCCGCACAUCGCAUUCAUUUUCAAGACAUUUGGCAGAGAAUUCUCAUGGCUUUCUUCAGUUUCUCCUCCUGGCCCAAAGGUGUGACCUAUGGCGUCAUGACGGAUCCCCAGGUGGAGCAGGCUUUGAUCCGGCAGCCGGGCAUGCCAAUGACCCGCGCCAAGCUGUCCAUUCCCUUCAUUGGAAAGGAUGUGCCGUCGCCGUCCUCAGAGUUUGCUCAUCCGGAUAUCACCAUUGGCCUCACAUUGUUGAGCUUGCGUUAUGAAGGGCUGCGCAUGUCAGACUUCGAGGCAGUGUUGGACUUGUUGGUCGCAAAUCUGGAGUCUGAACCUGGAGUGGCGGCUGAACGGCCGACUGCGAUGCUCUUCAAACGCUGGGUUGAAGGCAGUGGUGGCGUCUUGGCGACGCGUCGUCAGGAGCUCCAAGACCUAUCUCCAGAAGAGCUGGCGGCCGCAAGGGCCGCGGAAGUGCGAGAGAAGAAGGUGCGCAUUCUGCCCCUGCACAUGUUGGAGCGAAGCAAUCGACGACAGAUGCAUGAGCUCUUCAAACUGCUGCGGAAGAACGGACAGGUGGUGGCCUGGUACUUGGAGUCCAUCAUCUUCCCUGAACAUCUACGCUUCCAGGAGGUGAAAUUGAUGUCUUCGGGCCAAGAUUUGGGUGGUGCCUUGUUGUUCAAGGAACGCAUCGGCUUCAGUGGAACGCCUUCGGAUUUGAUGCCCCGCGAGUUGGGUUCCUGUGAUUUCGAGCCUGGCAGCGAAGGCAGCAUCGUCCAUACCUUGACGAAUCCCUCGGUGAUUUCCUUCGAAGUCUUCGACGCAGAUUGGACGGUCACAGGGCUCCUGGAUCGCAUUGCCGUGGGCGGAUUCCAUGCCUUGAUCGACACAGGAGCUUUGAUUACUGGACUUUCCAACAAGGAGGUGGCGGUGUAUUUGCUUGGUCUUGACAACGCUGAUCCGCACCCUACGUUGCCUAGCAGUUUCCAUGGAGUGGUCUUCAUUGAUGAGGAUGGCUCGAAGAAGAUCUUGUUGCGACAGACCCAGGAAGUGUUGAACCUAGCAGAUUGCGGUAUUCCAGCCAUCCAUCGCUUCGCAUUCUACGACCAAGUGCACACCACGGGUAUGGACAUCCAGCAACAUGGCACAGGGGGACCCUGGUGGCUGAGGCACAAGCGCGAUUGUGUGGGAGCCAUCACCCUUGGCAAAGACAUGGUCUUCCGUGAUUAUGCGCAGGGUGCCUACCGUUUGCGCGGUAUUGGAAAGGGUCAGAAGUUGCGCAUUCUCAUCAUCCCCGAAGUGCGUGAGCUGAUCAGCAAGAAUAUGAUGCAAGCUAACUCGACCACACCUUGCACUGACAAGUCCAUGUUGGGAGAUGUCUGUGGUUGGCUGUUCAACGUGCUCCAGACCCAGAAUUUGUCCAACAUUUGGCGCAAGAACGCGUGGAAUACCCUGAUGGAAAAGUACGCCCUGUUGCAACUGCCGGAAAUUGUGGACUGCAUUGAGGUCUUCAAGGAGCCCAUUGAUUUCAAGGUCUUGGACAAGGUGCCGGUGCCGCGCGGCUUGCUGCAGAUCGUUCAGGGCCGCGCGGAGGAAUACACGAAGUACAUCUUGACCGAUGAAGACCGCACUGCCGUGGAGUGGGUCAUCAAAAACGUUUUGGAAGUUCAAGGAAUGGAAGUUGGGGAGCAGACCUUAGAAGCAGAAGCGGAACGCGAGGCUGAGGCCGCGUGGGCUCCCGGUGGACCUGUGAAACCGAUGGCAGGGGCAGAGCGAGAGAUGGAAGAAGAAGAGGAGGAAGAGCGAGAGCAGCAGAUAGAAAUCGAGAAAUUUGUGGAUUUGAUGUACUGCCGCGACAGUGAAGAGCCCAACAGCUGGCCCUUCGAGUCCUUGAAGGACGAUAGCCCGCCACAGUUCUACCAAGCGUGUCAGUUCCGACUCUUCAAAGGUAGGUGUUUGGAUACGUUGCCCAAGGAUCUGCUGCUGUCUGAGAACUACUACAACCCCAAGUGGUCCGGCUUCCGGCGCUUGAAGAAUACUUGCGUGGUCAUGGAAUGGCUGCCAGGGGGAUGUCCUGCAGAGCGGUUGACUGAUGUCUUGCAGCUUUCCGAAACAGAGGAUGGUCUCAUGCGCAAGUGUUGCCGAAGGGCCUUGGAUCUCUUCACAGCUGAAGGCAACGUGCAAGGGACUGGAGGUCAGUUGAACCAGGAUCGAGUGCAAACACUCUUGCGCCUCCUCUUUGACCAAGGAGAUACUGCGCUCCAUGAUCCCAAGACCGCCUUGUCGCUAAUUGGUGGAUCACCAGCCGGCAUUGGCCUCGAGGACAUGGUGAAGUUGCUGCUCCAUUCCCAUUUCCGACCCCAGGACCGUGGCCGUUACUUUGUGGCCUUGAGCCUGGCAGAAGGUGAGACCUUGCGAAGGAUCCUGCAUUGCAAGUUGCCCCAUGGGCCUCCUUUGGCACCAGCCAAUACCUCCAUUGGGCUCCGAUCUUUGACCUCAGGCUUCAGCGUGCUGGAUCGUUCCGUGGGCUUUGAAGAGGGAGCGACGUAUCAGACUUUGAGGGCCAUGCAGCUGUGUCGUUACUUUGACACACAGGUCUUUUAUAAGGAUGAGGAGCUGACCGCCUUGCUCCGUGGUUUGCAACACGAGACGCCCUUCGCACGGCGGCGUUUCUUCGAGCAGAUUGGUGGCUGCCGGCGCCGUGCCGUGGGGGACUGGGCAGAGCGGCCCAUCGCGGUGGCGCUGACGGUGCCCUCGGAGUUUGAGAUCAUGGUGCAACGUAUCAGGGCGGUGCGACUCAGAGAAACCAUCUCCGGCAAAGGCUUAGGUGUGCAAGAAGCCUUUGAACGCUUUGAUUUGCAGCAAGUGGGCUUCCUGGGACCCAUCGAGAUUUGUCAGGCUUUGAGGCAUUUGGGAUUUCAUACUUCACCAGAUGAGAUCUUGGACUGGUUGGAGGCAAUGGAUGAAUCGGGAGAUCACGUCGUCUCUUACCGAGAAUUCUUCAGCUUUGUGAAGCACAAAGUUGACGGCUUUAUGGGUGGCGAUCAUGCUAUUGUCACCGAGCUUGGUGAGAAGCAAAUCUCCCUGGGAGUGCCCGGUCCACCUGCACUGGAUCGUGCUGUCUCGGGCUCCACUGGUGAUGCUCCUGGGAACCUUGGUGUGCCACCGGCGCUGACGCGUGCAACGUCUGAUUCUCGUGCUGACCUGAGGCUCGACCGGUCGUUUUGGUGUCCACCCGUUUGGCUGUUUGGCAUGGAAAAACCCGGUUGCCGAGUUGGCAAAUUGGAUGCUCUUGACAUCGACAGCCCAUGGUGUUUCUUUGAGUAUUCUUUAAACAUCGACAGACAGUCUUUGGUUCCGCCCUAUCCCAACAUUAAAGCCGCUCGUCCAGGUGAGAGGGACACCAUCUCCAACCGUCUUCAGGAUCGCAUUGCCCGUCGUAAGUUGGAAGAAGAAAAGGAGAAGGAGCACAUCGCGGUGGAAGAGGAAGAGAUGCAGAUCGCCAUCGAAGAGCAACACGGAGCAAAUCCACUCUACACCUACGCCAACGUCAGCUGCGGUGGUGCUACCACUGCGGAUUUCGACUUUCAGAUGGACUACCUGCCUAAGGACUGCUUUGCCUUCGGCUUUGUGGAACCUGUCUCCGUGGAAGGAGGUAAGGGCUUCCUUCAGGUGGAUAAGCGCAGCUUCGUUCAGGUGACAAAGCUUCAGUUGCCGCCCAACGGAGGAUCCAACAAAAAACUGAACAUCUACGGAUUGACGAUGUCUUUCUGCUGUCCAAGCUUGCCUCAGAGUGAGCCUGGCGGUGGUGCAGUGUCCGUGGUGAGGGUUAACAUUCACUAUGCCAUUGCGGAUGUCUACUUCGUGUAUGCGGGCAAGGAGAAGGGCGAUCAGAAGGCCUACACCCACGAGUUUAAGCUGGAGCCCGGUGAGAACAUUACGGACGUCACUGUGAAGAGUGUGGAGGGAGUUGGUGUCUAUUCCCUCGUCUUCAAGACCACUCAGGGAAGGACCUCCGAGACCUUUGAAGGCACCUUGGUGCUGUUAUGGCCAUGCCGCGUGUUGACAAUUUUAUGGUACCAAAACAGCUGGAUACCCCUUGCAGAUUGGCAUCGGAUUGGCCAACCAAGGAGAUGAGAUGGAGUAUUUGGAUUCAGAUGAUCUGACCAGAAAGAAUUGGUCUGCAGGUCGAGGCAAGAGUGGCUCAUGCUGCAACUCUGCUACCCAUGUUUAUCGCAAGCCCAGAGAAACCUGUUUGUGAUAGGACUUAGGACUAUAUGGAGGUGUUAGACCGGCGCCAGUUUGGUUUCUCUAUCGCUAUUCCCAUACUGAUAGGACCAUAUGAAAGGAAAACUAAUGAAAACUAGGUUGUUGGGACCUAAAAGCAUUGGUCCUAAUAAUCUACUUUUCCAUUAUUGGUAACAUUUCUGAGGGAAACACUCAGUAUGGUUGCCAACGCGUUUUUUUUUUUUCAAAAAGUGGCCAAAAGCACCAUAGUGGCUGUUCCGAAGAGGAUUUCCGAAGGUGAGUCAAACAAAUAUGUGCCUGAAGAUCGAUUGUCCAAGUGAUUCUGAAGAUCAAUUCACCAAGAUCUGGAUGCUGUGCAGCUGAACUUCUGAUGACUCUGAUGACCGCAGGCAACAUGAUUGCUGGACUCAAGACGAAGGUGACCGAUGGCGUUGUGUCCAUCACUGGCAUUACCAAGAAGCCUGUGAACCAAAGUGGCAAGACGGAGCAGCCCUCGGACCGUUUGACCUUGGUAUCUUUGAGCCGCGCGCCUGGAGAUGCUGACAGCUACGAGCAGGUGGUGGGCGGCACUGGAACCCAAGCAGGUCCUGAGGCCUCGGAGUCCUUCGUGGGAUGCGAGAUCUUUGUCUGGAAAGAUGCCUGGUCCAACUGGUGCAGUCUGGCUCAGUGAUUUUUUUCACGGUUUUUCUGAGCGUCGAGUCACAAGAUAAACAUCCAUUCUGGUGAUAUUCAAAUCCCAAGCCAAUUAUUUUCCAGCCAUAGCAUGUUUGUUGGAGAUUAACAGCUUGAAAAUGCUUCAAGCACAAACAUAUUCAGCAUAUUUCAGCAUCUUCUAUAACCCCAAAUUAUGUGUUGCCCGAGGAUGGCACCAUCGCCCCGGAUUGUUUCCAAGCCCCGGAGCAGCGGCUUCCCACGGUGGAUGACUCGGUGUUGCAGGGGCGCUGGGAGAUUACCUUUGAAGGGGAUCCACCACCAGGUGGGAGGUGAAGAAGUGACAGUGAAUCAUAUUACACAGACUUAAAGAAGCAUAUUAAACACAUAGGACAUGAAUGGACAUGACGUUUUUUUUCUCAUGUCGAUGCAUCACGGAUUCUCACUGGAGGUUGAGAUCAUUCAUAUAUAGAUCAAUUGAUGGUUAUAAGUUAUAAUAUGUGUAGAUCAACUGCUCACUGUUUCUGGGACGGACGUUGGCUCGUCCCUGCCUGGUCCCUGCCUGAGGUGCCGAAGGUUAUGUGUGGCAGGUGACUUUGUCUGUAGAUGCUGCUGGUCGUAUCCAGGGAGAUGGCCAUCCCAUCAAGCGCAAGAAACCCAUCCUGCACGGGCGCAAGACCAGCACGGCAGCCGUGGAGGUGAAAGAAGCAGAGGCGACUGUCGAUAUGGCUGAAGUCGAAAUGCCCGAGCUUGACCGGGCAACUUGCCUUGUUUAAUGUUCUUUUCGGACAUUUUUGAGGCAUGUGGGUGACGAAACGGAAGAAAUAGUCCAGCUAGUUGUAUGAUGAAGUGCCCUGUAAUAUGCCCAAGUCCCAUCAGCUUAGGAGGAGACCGAAGAUAUGCCAGAGGUGAAGAUG